AUGGCUCUUGAGUCUGUUCCUACCUAUCUCAGUGAUUUGGGAUCCCACCAGGCUGCCAGAGCCCAGCAGCAAAGAAUCAGGUUCUAUUACAGAUGCACCUACAAGAACGACAUGAAGUGCCCGGCUACAAAGCAAGUCCAACAGAAGGACACAAGCGAUCCACCAUUGUUCUCUGUCACUUACUUCAACCAUCACACCUGCAGAAGCAGCAUCUCAAAUCCCAUAGAAAGCAAGAGAGACACUGCUGCGCAAUCGGCCUCGAGUAAAGCAGUGUCGAUCUGCUUCAGCCCGCAUUAUUCUUUCAGAGAUGAGCCACAGUCAGCGGUAGCACAUUCUUUCAGAGGCAACCAACAGCCAGCUGAGUGGAGCGCCUAUGCAACAAGCCGGUUUCAGUGGACCGCCGCAUCGUCUCCGUCUCCUACCAGUAACGACAGUCCGGUUAAGAUGGAGGUUGACACAUUAUUAUGA